CACAUACAUCCACGAAUUAGAGCUGGCUAAAUAUUUUUUCGAUUAUAUUUCGAUAAACGUUGGAUUGGCUCUAUCGUAGCGGUUCAUGGCUCGCUAUCUCUAUGAUUAAGUUUGCUUUCUGCCUGACGUCAUUCCAAACUUUACAGCUGAUGCCAUUUGUCAACAAACAUGCAUAGAUUUUCGUAAAGACCGCGAACGCACCUUUCCUCCGUUACCCAUACAUUCAGCCAUCUGUCUAAGCUUGACCGUGAUUGCGAAGCCGCAGUAUGUCCAGUUCCGUUAAGCGUCGUCUUCCGCCCAAUCCUCUACUGUUUUCGCAACCUAGUCUGUCCCAUCUUAGUCAAUGGGGGUCGGCAGUGCCUGGAAGUUCCGAGGACAUCUUUUCCGACCCAAUCGCCACUCAUCGCCGGAAUCACCCUCCAGAACCCUUGUCGGAGCACGACCUCGACGAACUGCUCCGAGAAUUCGCUCAACCUUACUUGAGUCUAAUCACCCAAGAUCAAUUUGUUCUCUUAGAUGGCGAGGAUCCCGCCCAAAGACGUCAGGUCGGGUUCCAUAUCUUGAUGCAGGUCAUAUUCGCCGCUUACUCCGAGGCCAGUUUCUCGGCUGCCACGAAAGCCGAUUCCAUUCCGUCCCAUCCGGCUUCUCCGUCACCCAAGCCGAGUUAUAGUCUGAUUGGAACAAGAGGCAAUCCUUUGUUGGAACCACCGAAGACCAUUUAUGUGCCCGAGACUUUGGCCAUGGAGAGCCAAGCCAUGGAACGAGCUCCAGAUGCCCAGGAGGUUACUGAGGAGCCCCAGACCAAUGGUCGAUCAUCGCCCAUUUUAGGCAAUUCCUUUCGUGAACGAUUUAAGGACAGUUUUGGACCUUCACCCUCCCCACCCGUUGGAAAUGAGCCAAGAGCUCUGGAACCUGAUCCAGAAGCGCUAAAGAAUGCGGCCAUUCGAGAAAAGUACGGUCCUUUAAAUUGUGUGCAGACCGGGGCCAAUGAAAGUGCUGGAUUGUUGGGCGUGGGACCGUUUGUCAAGAAGGAGUGUCCAUCUGAAGGGGAAGGCGACGAGAGCCCGUCAAUUUUGAAGUAUGCCAAGAGAUGUGUGCCUAAUGACGAUAGAGAUCAUAAUGACGACGACGACGACGACGAGUUUGCCGUACCUUUAAAAGGCUCCGCGUUAAGGGUGAACAAAAAGGAUGUGAAGAAGCUCCCCGUGAAUUCCAAAGUGGCCAAGAACAAAUUUGGCAUGUACGUAGAAGAAGCCAGUUGGUCCCAAUUAGAGAGGGAAAGGAACAUGAAGCAGGGCAAUAUCACAAAGUUCCUCAAACAGAAGCCCCAAGGCACAAGUUUGCCCUCUUCAUCUGCCAAGAAGCCGAAGUGGAACGAAGACCUCGAGUACAAAAAGGCCAUUGAAGCAUCUUUGAAAGAGAGCCAUGUCCAUCCGAUUGAGACCGGUGAGAGCUCAUUCCGUGACACGUAUGAUUGCCUACCAUUGCCGAAAUCGAAAGCGGACGAACCAUCGUUCAAGUUUAAAGGCUCGCCAGUGCGAACCAAAUCCGGGAAAAGACUCCUGGAAGGCGUGGAUUGUGAGCAAUGCCGGAAUUACUUCGAGUGCGGUGGAUUGUCCGAUGAGAAGAUAGCCGAACUCAUUCAAAAGUGCUCCAAACACCGGGUGAAGCAUGGCGACAAUCCGGGUUUAGAAUCGCCUCAAGAACGGUGGCGUGUCGAUAUCAAUCCGGAAGAACUAGCCCUGGAUAAGACCCAAAUCGGAUCGCCUCUGAAAACACGAGCUUUCCGCAAGCAACGGGCCCGGGAUCUCAAAGAUCGGGGACAAAUUAAAUUUUGACAUAAUUAGACUUCCAAUUUGAAACUGAACAUGUCCAUAUUUGUUUUGA